GAGAUAAAAAUCUGUCAUUCAUUCAUAUUUCUAUAAAUAUUCACGGAAACUGUUUAUCUAAUUGUAAAUCUAUUGUAUAAUUACAUUUUUACAUCGACUUCUUAAUUGUACUUUUACUCAAUUUGUCGACAUCCAUUACCGGCCAACCAUGACGGUGAUUGUUUUCCGGUUGAGUUGAGCCAAUCACGGGUCAAUAUUUUGUCAAGUGGGCGGAGCAAUUGAGUAAAGAGGACGAGCAAUCAAAACGAUUAAGUGAUAAAGUAUGUCCUUACUAUUUCUUUCAUUCAUAGUAUACGAUAUCCUCAGUGAAAUAGUUAUUUAUUUUCGUCAAAUCGUCCGUGCUAUUUCAGGAAACGUGUUAGUUAUAUAAUCUUGAAACACAAUAUGUGAUGAAAAAGAAGUAAAACUUCAAUAGCGGAAUAAGUGUAUUUAUUCGAAAUAUUACGAUGGAAAACUAUAUAAAUCACACAACUUUAUCGAACUGAAAAUGUGAAACUUGCAGGCUUUUACAUAGAAACACUUAGAUAGAAAUAAGCUUUGUUAUAUGGAACUUGUGUAAAUUUUGAAGAAAAUACUUCACAUGAAGAAACGUGAUUCUUAUUUAAAGUGCUAAAAGGAUGACCCGUUUGGAUAUGAACACUAUUUCAACAGGAUUUUGUAUUCUGUUACAGUUUUUAACAUUUGUUGGUGGAAUACAGUGGCUGUCGUUGGCCAAAAUGUCAAGUCUUUCAACUAUACAGAUUCCAGAAACAUGUGAUUCACUCAAAGGACUUGUUAAAAGACAAAGAAAAAUUUGUCGUAAAAAUAUUGAAAUUAUGGACAGUGUAAAAAGUGGUGCUAAUAAUGCAAUACUAGAAUGUCAAUAUCAAUUUAGAAAUAGACGGUGGAACUGCAGCAUGGUAGAGACACGAAAUAUAUUUGGAAAUGUUUUAAAAUUAGGCACAAGAGAAGCGUCGUUUGUGCACGCGCUGUCGUCUGCUGGUGUAGCUCAUGCCGUUACUAGGGCUUGUAGUAGUGGCCGCUUAACACAAUGUGGUUGUGAUAGAACAGUUAGUGGACCUAGUGACCAGGGAUUUGAAUGGUCAGGGUGUUCAGACAAUAUUGCUUUUGGAAUAGCAUUUGCAAAAACAUUUGUGGACGCUAGAGAAAAGCGCAAAAGAAAAAACAAUAAAAACAUAGGAAGACAAUUAAUGAACAUUCAUAAUAAUCAAGCAGGAAGAAAGAGUAUUGAAAAUAAUAUGAGAAUAGAAUGCAAGUGCCAUGGUGUGUCAGGAUCGUGCGAAUUACGAACUUGUUGGCGAGCAAUGCCAACUUUUAGAGAAGUUGGAUCCAAAAUAAAAGAAAAAUUUGACGGAGCAACAGAAGUAAAAUUAGUUUAUACAAACACUUUACCAAGACUUGUGCCUGUCAAUCCAGAAUUCAAGGCACAUACAAGUUCAGACUUAGUUUAUUUAGUGGCCUCUCCCGAUUUUUGUGAACCAGAUCCAAAGUCAGGUUCUUUGGGAACAAAAGGCAGAAUAUGUAAUAAAAACUCUAAAGCAAUUGACGGUUGUGAUCUGUUGUGCUGUGGGCGAGGAUACGAGUCCCGUAAGAAGAGAAUUGUAGAAAGAUGUUACUGUAAGUUUCAUUGGUGCUGUUACGUAUCAUGUCAGGAGUGUGUGCGCGAAGUCGAGGAACAUUAUUGUAAAUGAAAGAAUCAAAAUCAUCGGUUGUAAGAAUACUGCAAAAUUCACCAGAAUGAUAUUACAGUAAAAUGAAAUCCAAGCAUUAUGUAUCACAAGUCAUAAAGUCAUUUCCCGCACAAAGUGCUUGUAAAAGUAUUUACAUGUAUGCAAUCGAAACACGAAGAGGAGCUCCGAGUAUGACAAGUAUGAAUAUGGAAGGAACAUUGAUCAAAUGUCUUCUUUUUGAGAAAUCUCAGGUUAAUCAAUUUCUUAUUAUUUACAGUUAGACUACUAAAAGGCUGUGAUUGUUCUGUGUACAAGUACGAUAUACAGGAAAAGUAAAAUGAAUGAAAAUUGUACGACUUUUGUACACUAUUCGUAAAUUAUAAUACUGUAAUUGAUAUACGAUAUUACUUAAGCACAUGUGCCUCAACAGUAUGCAAAUGUGUUUUGACUAUGUUCAAAAUGUUAAUACUGUAGAUAUUAAAUACAUGUGCCUUAUUGUAAAUGUAUUAUGUGCGACUGUAGGUUGGUCUUCAACUUAAUCAUUAUUAUCGUCGGUAGCACAGAAGUGGUUUCCGGUCUACCUCGUGAAACCACUCACGUGUUAUCGACAACCUAUCACUGUAAGUGCUAUUGUCUGUGGUUUCACAGAUAUUACCAGUGUCACAAUUUGUUGUUUUGAAUCUGCAAUAACCAUUCUCAUGUUCUUUUAUCAGUGGUGGAUUAAUGGGACGUAUAGGACGUUCAAACACCCAUCCCCCUUCCCCCUUUGAUUGGAAAUAUAACAUUUUUUUAGCAUAAAACGUCCCCAAAAUUUUACCCUAGGGUGUAUAUAUUCCAUUUUGGGGAAUUACACCCCCUUAAAAAAAAACCUAGACCCGCCUGUUCAUUACAGAUAUCUUUAUACUACAACAGCUAUUUUUUUUUAAUUUUUUACAUGAUAUCAAUGUAAAAUUGGUUAUUUCUACGUCACGUCGAUACUGUCGAUUUCGAUCACUUUUGUGACACUGGUGAUCAUUACUAAAAAUGCUAAUAUUUAUGUUAAUUUAUGUUUAAUAUGUUUCAGCACAUUGCCUUUAUCUUGCCUUCAAAAUUCAUUCUUUUCUCCUUAAUUUCGCAGAAAUAAAAAGAAGAUUUCAGAAAUUCUAAAUUUUGUUCAUAUGUGACACGGAAAUUUAAAAAUAUUGGUGCCAUUUUAAACAAUAAUCAAUUUGAAAUACAUACAAUACACACAUGUUAAGAGUUAGAAAAGAAAAUGUAUUAAUGAUAACAUCGCAAUCUUAAAUUCGUAAACAUAUCUAUUCAUCAACGUCAUAAACAGCAAUAGAAAACAAAAAUUAUUUCAUAUUUCUUAUAUUCACAUAGAAAAUAGGUAUACAUAAAAAUAUAAUUGUCACAUGAAUUUUGAUAAUUUUGUAUAACGAUCUAGACUUUUAUUUCAUAAGUUGUAUUCAUUUAUUUUUCAUAGAUGGUAAAUUUUAUGUUCAAAGGUUAACAGGGCCAAACAAACUCUCAGCAUUUCCCACUUAAAAUCAAAAUAUUUCAUUAUCAAAUGUGCUGUUAUAUAUUAGUAUGUAGGUAUAUUAUAUACCUCUGAAACAUGUGAUAUGUUUUUGUUGUAAAAUUGUCUCAUGAAGUUAAAAAAUAUAGAAAAAAUAAAAUAUAUCUAUUUUGUUA